AUGGCCAUACCACGAUCUAUUGGUUCAUUGCCACACACAAGUGUCAUUUCGUGCUUGCGUGGCGCGGGCAAGCGAUAUGUUUCGCAUCAACCAACCUCCUUAGGCCGCCUUGACCGCUGCUCCCUUCAUCAGAAGAGUUCAGUAAAUCCCAACGAGGUCGCUCACUUCAAUGCCCUUGCCUCGACCUGGUGGGAUCCACACGGGCCUUCACGACUACUGCACUUGAUGAACCCGCUGCGGCACGAUUUCAUCGCCCACUGCCACGCCACGCAGCAUCAGCCACUAUCCGUCGGACAGAAACUACGAUACCUUGACGUUGGCUGUGGUGGCGGCAUAUUUGCCGAGAGUGCGGCACGACUGAGUCAGGUCAGCAGUGUGACGGCAAUUGAUCCGUCAACCCAAGUUCUGGCCGUAGCCAAAGCUCACGCGCGUCGCGAUCCCGCACUCAAAGGCAAACUGCACUACCAAAACACGGCCAUUGAAGAUCUUGCGACUCCAGCGUCCGCCGCUGAUCAGUAUGAUAUUCUCAGCCUCUUUGAAGUCAUCGAACACAUUUCCCAUCCCGCCCCCUUCAUACUGCGCUGUUCUCAGUUUGUCAAACCUGGCGGCUGGAUGGUUUUCAGCACCAUUGCUCGCACGUGGAUCAGCUGGUUCACGACCAUCGCCGUAGCUGAGUAUGGUAUCCGACUCGUUCCGCCCGGCACCCACGAUUGGCAGAAAUAUAUCAAUGAAGAAGAGCUGAGGACUUGGUUUCAGCAACAGGACGGCUGGCAUAAUCCACAAGUAAUGGGAGUCGUGUACAUUCCCGGCAUCGGCUGGAGGCCAGUGAAUGGUAGUGAAAGGGCGUGCAACUACUUUUUUGCCAUCCAAAAAAAAUUAUAG